UCAAAUUGUUUUGUAUUUAAUAUAAUUUAAAUUAGAUUCAAUUUUAUAUUUUUAAUACGUUUGAUGUCGUGAAUUGUUCAUACAAAGUUUAUUGUAACAAUAUUUUAUUUUUUUGUUUCAAUUUUCGUUUAUUCAGAAUUCGCGAAAUAUUUUCUAUAACUGGUUGAUUGCUGUAAACUUAACAAGAUUAUAAUAUCUUUGUAGCAGAAGAAUAAAUGUUCAUAUGUAAUAUCUAAAACACUUUCCUUUAAAAUGUUUAAAUUUAAUUUAAAAUGUGGAGAUAGUGUGAAAGAAAUAAAUAUUGCAACAAGCUUAAAUAACUGGAAGGAAUAUAGACACUCCAUGAAAAAUUUUCAAACAAUUAUUAAUGAAUAUUUAACCAAGUUAGUCAAUGAUGAAAAAAGUGGAGAUCAUGUUGAGGAUGAAGAAGAUUCUGAAGAAUCGGAUACAGAAGAUAAAACAAAUUCCAGACAAAAAUUGGACCCACCGAGAAAUAAAAUAAGAAAAUUGGAUUAAAUAUAUAAUUCAAUUACUUUGUUUCUUUUAUUUACAAUUCUUCUUCUUCUUUGAUAAAAGUAGUUGCUUGAAACAGGUAAAAGGACAGAUUCAAUAUAUAAUAAAUUUCAGCAUAGAAGAAUGUAAUUCAUACAAUUAUUUGUAAUUAACAAGUAUAGUACCGAGAUUAGUUUGAAUUUUUAUAAUCAUUUAUUAAUAAAGCUAUUGUUGUUAUGAGUAAAAACUAAUUAAUAAAAUGAUGUCAAAUUUGUUUUAUUGCGUAAAUAGUCUAUGGAUUUAAUUUAUCGUUACAAAGAAGAAGAAGAAAAUGUCAAAGUGGCUUAUUGACAUUUCGAUCGGAUUGGGCAGUUAUAGACUCAUAUGUUAAAACUGAUUGGUUAUUAAUAGCGGCGCUUUUGUUUUCAAUAUUAUUUGAUCUGUAUUUAUAAAGUAUAAAGCAAGGAAAUGUCUACUUCCUUAUUUUUCGUGAAUACGGAUUCGAACGAAGAAAAACCUGACACACAAUGUGUAGACGAUCAAUCUCAAACACAGAGCGAAGCUCAACAAGCCCUAAAUCAUUUCUGGCCAAAAGUUAUGGAAGAAAUAAGGGCUAUUCGUAAUAUGGAUCUCAAACAACAAGUUUUACCUUUAGCCCGUAUUAAAAAAAUUAUGAAGCUUGACGAAGACGUAAAAAUGAUUAGCGCCGAAGCUCCUUUGUUAUUCGCGAAAGCCGCGGAAAUUUUUAUACACGAACUUACACUAAGAGCUUGGAUACAUACUGAAGAUAAUAAGAGAAGGACUUUACAAAGAAAUGAUAUCGCUAUGGCAAUAACUAAAUAUGAUCAAUUUGAUUUUUUAAUUGACAUUGUACCUCGAGAUGAUAUAAAACCUAAUAAGGUUAGGGAUGAAACGAGGGGGUCUUCAAAUCCAGAUCAGGUACAUUAUUAUUUUCAACUCGCUCAACAGCAUCAUGCUAAUUUACAACAAAAUAAUUCUUCACCUACUUCGAAUACUAGUGGAAAUCAGCCCCAGGGCGCUAUUCAGUUAGUUCAACCCCAACAAGUUCAAGCAGUACAAGUGAAUACCAUUGAACAACCCACAGCCAGUUCUGCAUCCCCGACGAGUACAAACACGACUCAGUCAUCUGUUAUUUUACAAGGUCAAACGAUACCUCAAAAUCAAGGAAAUGUUCAAAUUAUACAGCAGAUCGUAACACCUACAGGGGAGAUACAACAAAUACCAAUCCAGUUGACACCACAGCAAUUGCAGAUUAUAAAAAUGCAAUUGCAGGGUAAUUCUUCUCAGCCUGUGAUUAUUCAAACGGCACCUAUAGCUGCUGGUACUCAAUCACAAAUCAUUCAAGUAGCUCAGCAAAAUCCCGGGCAACAAGUGUUUUUAGCACAGGGUAGUAGUAGCUCAGAAAAUGAAUAGUAGUAAUAUUUAUUUAUACUAAUUAAGAUGUAAAUUAAAAUAAACAAUAAUUUAUAUAGUU